AUGUUCAUAGUUCACCCCAGGUUCCUCAAGUACGCAGUUCGAGCCGAGCACAACCGAGGGCUGCGACCAAUCGCUGCUUUCCAUGUGAUGAAUACCAUCUUUAUCCGACUUCUCGAUUCCGCAAUGCCACUUGCCAUGCAUGCGCCAAUCACCUCACAUCUUCAACAUUUGAUUGUACAAUGUUCCAGUAAUGUGGGUGACAUGAAGGCAUCGUCGGUCAAGUUGCAAGUGAACGGUGACAAUGUUUUCAAACGACGCGUUCUCCUAUACAGUCAACCGGAAGGUGUCCUGAAAGCGUUACAGAAAAUGGAACAGGAUUGUGUGUGA